CGCAGCACCACGCUAUUGGCUUACGAGCCUGCGGGACGCCGUGAUGUCACUCCUAGCAACGGCGCCAAGCGAUAACUCUCGUUCCCGGUGCUCUCCUGUUGACUAGACCUGACUAGACUACACCGUGUUCCAGACGUCGCAGGCUUGGUUCUUCGCCUUUUAACACGUGCUGACUAGUGUUCGGUCUGCUUUUCUCCAGAGAGCUGCGUUUUUGACGCCUGUCUCAGCAUUGUUCUGCCAGGCUGGAGUGUUCGGACUGCUCUUUUAUACCCGAAGUUUCGUUUUUGACGGCUGUGCCAACGUUGUUCUGCGACUAGUGUCCGGAGUGUUUUUCCUUUUUUUACGCCACGCUGGUUUUGCCAGCCGCGCUAUGACCGCAGCGGACAGUGAUUGUCGGACGUCGACACACUUCGCGAUGGAAUGCGUGAAGGACGAUAUCAGUUCGUCCACUGAUGUUGAAGUCCUUCGUUCCAACAUCGCGAAUGAAGAUGACGCUUGUCGCUGGGUGGAAGACUACGGCUUCAAGACGAACACGUCGUGGGUUGUACAUUUCGUCCAGCCAACAGCAAGGUGUCAAAGGAUGGUGUUCCAUAAAAUAUGGCGCUGCAAGGAAUGCAAGCGCAGCAGGUCAUUGGGGAAGCCUGCAGUGCACUGCCCUGCCAAGAUAGACUUUAAGAUAAAAAAGGUCAACAGGAACACACGAAGAAAUGAUGCCUUCCUGCGUGGCGAGAAGCCACUGCCAGCGAUUAUAAAACUGUUGCACCAUAACGGCCACAGUCACAGCACAACAGCUGCGGAGGCCCUUCGUCAUCUAACACCAACAUCCCAAACUAAGCAAACCUUUCUGGAGUAUUUCGACAACGGCAUGUCCCCAGCUGAAGCCAUCAGGCUUCAUGAAAGCAAACUGGUGGUGCAGGAGAAUGGGUACCUCCUCGUUGCCAACUCAGCAGUCAACCCAGUGCCUUCAGCGAUAUAUUACUGGCACAAGCUCUGGCGCGAAGAGAACUUCGGGAGAAACAUUGACCCACUCCUGAAAAUCACAGAGAAGAUGCCACUGUAUGCCAAACAAGGCCUCGAUGUCAAGCUGGGUCGUUCAGAGGAUGGCCAGUUCUGGGUGGUCUUGGUUGUGACCCCAAUAAUGAGACUAUCCUCAAGCCUUCAUGACGGAUAA